AUGUCAAGCGGCAGCGGUGACACGUUUGGGUUCCGCCAUGGCCUCGCCAUCGCACAGCUCGUUUGUUUCUCUCCAGCCAUCCUCUACGUCUGGUCAUUCCGGAGCACUGGCCGCAUUGGCUCCUUCUGCAUAGGCGUCUUCUCGAUUCUCAGAGUCGUAGGAGCCAGCACGAAACUGGCUUCACUCAGCAGUGACUCUUCUUCGCUGCGCACGACGAACUUUGUGUGUGAGUCGCUGGGUAUCAUCCUGCUCACUUUCCUCUAUUUGGAGUUCCCGAAACGAAUCAAUCAGACAGUCCCGCUCCUGAGCAAGUGGUACUUCCGCGCCGUCAGCAUCUUCAUGCUCUUCGACAUUGGCCUGUCAAUAGGCGGCUAUGUGACCAUGGCCGGUAGAAAAGACAACGUCCUCAUCCCGACCGGCUGGACAAUCGCAAGCAGCGUGGUCGUUGCCUUUGUCUUCUGCUACACCAUCGGUCUGUUCAUCUGGUUCUGGCUCGCAAAAUCACGCCACCUCUACUCCCAAAUUGAGGAUCGCCUACUGCUCGCGCCCGCCAUCUGCAUUUUGCCGCUGUUGAUUCGACACGUUGAACCGUUGAUCUUCGUCGGCACCAGCGAUCUGUUCUGGAACCAGGUUGUGGGGAACGGCUUUGUGUACCUAUUUAUGAUCUUGAUCCCAGAGGUCGUCAUCAUCACUGUGUCGAUCUGGUGUAUACGGGGGGUCGAGCCUCUUCCCCAAGAGAGCAAAAAUACAGGCGGCGAGGGGCAUCUUGAGCUGAGUAGCUCUGCGUCUCGCAGUGAGCCGCCAUCGGGUCAGGGACCACCUGAGAGGCAUCAAUUGAGGAGAAGGGUAACCCCGUGA